AAACACAACAAGUCGCCUUAGCAACAAUACCUAUCGGAGAAUUGAAAAAGGUAGUCUUUGCUAGUUCAAAUCGUAACCAAAGAAGGCUCCAACAUGUACUCCAAGAAGCUGGAGCGGAUGCACCGUCCGCCUGCGGACAUCACUAAGUACGAUAAUGAGCCCUACAUGAAGAACCCGUUGCUAAAGUUCCGCAUCAGCGAGGUGCACGAACGCCGACACUAUCAGUUCCUCAAGCAAAAGGCAGCAGAUGUCAAAGUGCGGGUGGCGCGCCAGCAGUGGCAGCCAGAGCCAGACAUGCGCCUUCUGCCCCAGUCUCAUUACGAGGACAACCUGCGGCGCGAGGUCAGAAAGAUUGUGGUGCCGCCGAUGCUACGUCGCACGGAGGCUAAGAUCCUAAGCUUCGCCUCGGAGCGGUUGAAGAACAAGUACCCUGAACUGGUGCAGGCCUACAUGAAAGACGUUCACGAGGAGUUCAACCGCCUGAUGAAGGUCUACAGCAUGAAAAAUAUCCUGCGGCAUCCAGAAUUCUCCGACGAGGAUCCAUCCCAAUUUGAACUUCCGCAUCCAGACACCAGCUUCAGGCGGCCGGGUCGCACCCAGAACUACAGCAACUUCCUGGAGAACCGGCGUCGCAUAGCCCAAAAGCUUCUGAUCCUACAGCUUCCUCUAAGAGCCAUCCUCAACAUAUCCGUCGGAGAACUGCCAAACCUCGCGUGUAUUUUUAACUACGUAUUGGCCACAGGGGCCAUGCAGCAACAGCUGGGAUUAGGUGGACGUGAGGCGCUGUCAUAUAAGUUUUACCGGAAGUAUAUCCAGAACCAAUUGGACAAGGUAAAUACUUUUCUAAGGUGGACCUGGUACCCCAAGGUGGUGCUGGUGCUGCGUAAGCUAAUGCGCAAGCGGGUGAUGCCGAUGAGUACGUGGAAGAGGGCCUGGAACGCAUUGGAGGGUCUGAUGAACCGCGAGAUGACCAAUAUGAAGAUCCGCACCUUUGAAGAGAUGUAUCGGAUGUGUGGUCAUCCGCGCACGAUGCCCAUGCUGCGCUUGUCUUUGGAGUGGGCUGAGUUCUCCAGUGAUCUUGACACACGACCUAAUAUUUGGGGCAUCCUGCGCACCUUCGCCGAGAUCGCAACUGAGAUCUCUAUGGUUGGCUACCGGAUGGAGCCACUGCAGCCGCAGGUGCAGACCCUCACCUCGAUGGCCAUGUACGCGAAGGUUAACGAUUAUCUGAAGAUCGAGAUGAAUGAAAACUUCCUGAAGGAUGUGAUCGAGAAAGUUCAGAACAUAAUCCUUCAUACGUAUCAAGAGGUGAUACAGUACAUUGAUAACUUUCGGAACAAGUACUAUGCGCUGUACUCCUGGCAGGAGCGAGAUGCCCUCAACCAGUUCCUGUCGGAGCCGCAUGAGUUUGAGGAGUACUUCGCCCGGAUCGACAUGUAUUACGGAUUCAUUCAAAUGCUGCGAAGCGAGCCCGGAACCGAAUACUUUGUGAUGGCCGUAAUCCACAACGAGCCGGCUGUAAAUGGGCUCCGAAGCCUGGCCGAGAAUCUGAUCGACGAGAUCACCACGAUAAUCAUUCGGGAGCACAUUAAGGCAGAGGUGGAAAUUUGUGAUGAGUUUGAGAAGAUCAAAUAUCGGGCGCUGGAGAUUCCGAAAUCCACUGAGGAGCUUCUGGAGAGUGCUGAAUACAUGAUUCACGUAAAAAAGGACAAGAUCGCCGAGUUGACUGACCGGAUACAGUACUGCCUGCAAGUGGGUACCAAUAUCGUUGAGCUGACUGAGAUGUCGAAAUACCACUUCGACCUAACCAUUAAGACUAUAAAUUGGAUUAAGGACAUAAAUGACAUCUGCGACUAUAAUGCCUCGCAGCAGGAACAGUUUAAGUUCACUUUCGAGGAGCACCUGCAGGAGGUCAUUAAGAAGCUAAACACGGACAUAGAUGACCUGCUACCCAAGUUGGCCGUCAUCGACGACAUGAGUCGGCCAGACAAGUUCCGCGACAGUUACAUAAUCUUGCAAAACUUUAUUGACCAGCUGAAGACUUUUGACGACUACGUGGCUUGGAUCAAUAAGGAGGAGAAGCUCUUUAAGAUCGCAAUAACUGAGUACCCCAAACUGGAGAUUAUAAAAACUUUUGUUUACCCUUUUGCUGAGCUUAUGAAAUGCUGUAUUGAAUGGCAGCGUUACUUGAGCGUAUGGAACGAUGGACCUUUUGAGUAUCUGGAACCACAGUUCGUGGAACGAACUACAGAUGAUUACCUGAAGGAGUUCCAAAAAAAUCAAAAGUACUACAGGGUCAAGAUCAAACAGGACCUCAUCGAUAAUCCCGUGUGCAAAUUCAAGGGUCAAACCGAAGAUCCGGAUCCAGCCAAGCACCCCGUUCCCCUUCGAUUGUGCACCUCAAUGAUCCAAUCGAUCAAGGACUUUACAACUGGCGUUUUCAUAGUUAACACUAUGUGUAAUCCGGCUCUGCGCAAGCGCCACUGGAAGGAAAUGUCAGAGAUUGCAGGUUGGGACGUUACACCCGACGCGGGUACCACUCUGCGCAAGAUCCUGAACUCUGGCCUGGACCCAGUUCUUGACCAGUUUGAGAUCAUCAGCAUAGGAGCCAAUAAGGAGUUACAGCUUUGGAACGCUCUGCAGGCCAUGAUUAAGGAAUGGGAGACUCGCGUGUUUCCCUACGGUCCCUACAAGGAGACGGGUGUAAUGAUCCUCAGUAGUUUAGAUGAUAUUCAGGCCCUACUGGACGACCAUAUUCUCAAGACCCUUGUCAUGCGAGGCUCAGCGUUCAUGAAACCCUGCGAGGAGGAGGUGCGAGCUUGGUACGAAAAGAUUAUGCGGGUGAAUGAAACACUGGACCAGUGGGGAAAGGUGCAAGCCAACUAUUUGUACUUGCUGCCUAUUUUCUCAUCGAAGGAUAUUGUGGCCCAGAUGCCCGAGGAGGGUCGCCUCUUUGUCAUCGUGGAGCAGACCUACACCAGAAACAUGGGUUUGGUUCUCCGCCAGCCAUUGGUAAUGGAAACUGCGCCAGUUUCGGGUCUGCUGGAGUCUCUGCAGAAGGCAAAUGAACUGCUAGAGGAUAUAGCCACUGGCGUGAGUAAUUACCUAGAGAAAAAGCGCCUGUAUUUCCCGCGCUUCUUUUUCCUGGCCAAUGACGAGAUGCUUGAGAUCUUAUCCGAGACAAAGGAUCCGCUGCGCGUGCUCCCUCAUCUGAGCAAGUGCUUCGAGGGCAUCAAUAGCUUGGAGUUCGAUGCGGCCAAGAAUGUGCUGGCCAUGAUCAGUAGUGACAAGGAAUCAAUUGAGUUUAUAGAUCAGGUGUCUACAGCGGCGGCCGGAGGAAGUGUGGAGAAAUGGCUGAUAGGUGUCGAAGACGAGAUGCUCAAGGCAGUGAGGUACCAAAACGAGCUCUCCUUCGCCCACUACCCGAAAGUGAAGCGAAACGAGUGGGUUUUAGAGUGGCCCCAGAUGACGGUGCUGGCCAUCUCGCAGGUGUAUUGGGCAUCCCGUGUCCACGGUUGCCUGCGUCGCACCUUCGGAGGCAAUAUGGCCGUUAUGAUGAACUUCUUUCAGGAUCUGUCAAAGGAGCUGAAUGACAUUGUGACGUUGGUACGUUCGCCAAAGAUCAGUAACAUCAAUCGGAUUACCAUAAAGUCGUUAAUUGUGAUCGAUGUGCAUGCCAAAGAUGUUUCAGAGGAUCUUAUCAAAAACAAGGUGAGCAGCGAGUUUGACUUCCAGUGGCUGGCCCAGAUGCGUUAUUAUUGGGAGGACGACAACACCUGGGUAAGAAUCAUCAACGCUACUGUACCUUUUGCCAACGAGUAUCUGGGAAAUUCGGAUCGGCUCGUAAUCACCCCUCUGACCGAUCGUUGCUAUCGCACCCUGGUAGGAGCAUAUCAGCUACAUUUAAACGGGGCUCCUGAGGGUCCUGCUGGAACGGGAAAGACUGAAACGACCAAGGAUUUGGCCAAGGCUCUGGCCGUACAGUGCAAGGUGUUUAAUUGUUCUGAUGGAUUGGACUACAAGGCGAUGGGCAAAUUCUUUAAGGGAUUGGCCUCCUGCGGUGCCUGGGCGUGCUUUGAUGAGUUCAAUCGAAUUGAGCUGGAAGUGCUCUCCGUGGUGGCACAACAGAUUCUGCUGAUCAUUCAAGCAGUUCGUGCCAAUGCAACAAAGUUCAUGUUUGAAGGUACAGAGUUGACCCUGAACCCCGCCUGCUACGUUUGCAUCACUAUGAAUCCCGGCUAUGCCGGUAGAUCCGAGCUUCCGGAUAACUUAAAAGUGCUUUUCCGUUCCGUGGCCAUGAUGGUGCCGGAUUACGCCAUGAUCGGAGAAAUCUCCCUGUACUCCUACGGAUUCGUGGAUGCGCGCAAGCUUGCCGUAAAGAUUGUUACAACCUACCGACUCUGUUCGGAGCAGUUGUCCAGCCAGAAUCAUUAUGAUUACGGCAUGCGAGCCGUGAAGACGGUGCUCUCUGCCUGCGGUAACAUUAAGAAGCAGUAUCCAGACGAGGUGGAGGACAUUCUGUUGUUGCGCAGUUUAAUUGAUGUGAAUCUUCCGAAGUUUCUGUCCUUCGAUGUUCCCCUAUUUGAGGGCAUAAUCUCGGAUAUUUUUCCGGGAAUUAAAUUGCCCCACAUAGACUACUCCCUGGUGGAAUCGGAAUUCAAACGCGUUUGUUUGGAGGAGGUUUUAGAGCCCGCUCCCAGCUUUCUACUCAAGGUCAUUCAAACGUACGAAAUGAUUAUCGUAAGACACGGAUUUAUGCUGGUGGGUGAACCGCUGGCGGGAAAGUCCAAAACGCUCCAGGUUCUUGCCAAGGUGCUCUCCGCCCUAAAGAUCAAGGCUCCACAGAAAAGCAAUUACUUUCAACAUGUUCAAAUGGGUAUUAUGAACCCCAAAUCUAUAACCAUGAACCAGCUGUACGGCUCCUUUGAUCCAAUCUCAUACGAAUGGACAGAUGGCUUGGUGGCCAAGAUCUUCCGUGACUUUGCUAUGACGCCCACCCCGGAUAGAAAGUGGGUCAUCUUUGACGGGCCGGUGGAUGCAGUUUGGAUUGAGAACAUGAAUACGGUGCUGGACGACAACAAGAAACUGUGCCUGACCAGCGGCGAGGUGAUCACUAUGAGCAAUGAGAUGUCAAUGGUGUUUGAGGUGAUGGAUCUGUCUCAAGCCUCGCCAGCCACAGUCUCCCGUUGUGGCAUGAUCUACAUGGAACCAUCGACGCUCGGGUGGCGGGCCUUCGCAAAAACCUGGCUAAAGAAGGCCGAUCCGCGAUGGGCGGACGAAGAGGGCGUGGCAUAUGUGAUGGCUUUGCUUCAGUGGCUUCUGACGCCCUGCCAGACUUUCAUUCGGAGAUUCUGCAGCCAGUUCAUCAAGCCCGGGGAGUUCAACUGUAUGCUAACAGCCUUCGACCUUUUCGAUAUGCAGAUCGCGGAGGCGAUCGAGGAGAAUCCGGAGGACUACCAGAAGUACAUUCAGACCUACUUCCAAGCCGCCAUGCUCUUUGCUCUGGUUUGGGGAGUGGGUGGGGUGUUGGACACCGCUUCUCGGGAGAAGUUUGAUGCCUUUCUGAAAAAUCUAUGGGACAGUGAUCCUCCGCCUCCGGAACCUUUGGGCAAGAUGGAAAUUACUCCGCCCACCGAGGGUCUGCUGGUAGACUACGUGUUCAUGUACAAGCAACGUGGAAACUGGCGGUACUGGCCGGAUCUUGCCAAGCGCAUGGAUGUAGAGGAAACUAAGACUGGAGUGAUAGUGCCUACUGUGGAUACGGCCCGCUACAUUCACCUGCUGAAGAUGCAUGUGGAACACAAGAAAAGAAUGUUGUUGGUAGGACCGACUGGCACUGGGAAGACGGUAUACAUACAAAACUAUCUGAUGAACAAGCUGGACAAGGAGGUCUUCGAAACGGGAUUCAUCACCUUUACGGUCAUGAUCUCGGCCAACCAGUGCCAGGAGCUGCUCAUAUCCAAGCUGCAGAAGUGGAAGCGAGGCAUCUACGGUCCGCCGAAGGGUAUGCAGAGUGUACUUUUUGUGGAUGACAUGAACAUGCCGGUGAAGGAGGUUUACGGCGCACAACCACCCCUGGAGCUACUACGCCAGUUCUUCGAUUACGGCCAUGUCUAUGAUUUAAAGGAUAGCUCGAAAGUCUAUAUCCACAACGUUCUAAUCAUGGCUGCAUGUGGUCUUCCUGGCGGCAGUCGUCAGGAUGUCUAUGCCCGCUUCUUGAACCACUUCAACGUGUAUUCCAUAAACACCUUCAGUGAUGACAGUAUGUACCGCAUAUUCCUGAACGUUGCGUUGAAUGGCUUCCGCCGUGCUGGCCACGGACAAGAUGUGUUCGUCGUAACCAACCAGAUAGUUAGUGCUACACAGAGCAUUUACAAGAGCGUCCAGUCGGAGAUCAGGGCCACGCCUGCCAAAUCACACUACAUAUUCAACCUGCGAGACAUCUCCCGUGUUGUGACGGGGUGCACCCUGGUGCGAAAGGAGUCGGUGACGGACAAAAAGAUCUUCGUCCGCGUAUGGUACCACGAGGCCAUGCGAGUUUUUUACGAUCGCUUGGUGGACGAUAUAGAUCGCAAGUGGAUGUUCGAGAAGCUGAACGAGUGCCUCAAGGCUAAUUUCAAGGACAAAGUGGAGACCAUCUUUGAGAAAUACUGCGUACAGGAAAAAGACGAGCAGGUUUUCACCAUGGAGGCUGCUGGUAACAUCUUGUUCGGCGUUUACUUCGACGAGGACAACGUUCCGGAUGAGAGGAGAUACGAGGAGGUGCCCAGCAUGGAGGUUUUCCUGAACCUGGCCACGAGUAGCCUCGAAGACUACAACUCUACCCGCAGGAACAAGAUGGACAUUACUCUGUUCACCUUUGCUCUUCAGCAUUUAAAUCGAAUUUGCCGCAUCAUCUCCAUUCAAGGAGCCAGUGCUCUAAUGAUCGGACUGGGCGGUUCUGGACGCCAGUCCUUGACCAAGCUUGCCACCAAUAUGGUGCAAACGUCGUUUUUUCAGCCAGAGAUCACGAAGAACUACGGGGCAAAUGACUGGCAUGACGACAUUAAGGCAAUUUUAAAGGAGGCGGGCGGAAUGAACAAGCACACAACCUUCCUGAUCACCGAGAACCAGAUCAAGAUGGAACUCUUCUUGCAGGACAUUGACUGCUUGUUAAACCAGGGAGAGGUUCCAAACAUCUUUCCGAUCGAUGAGAAACAGGAAGUCCUUGAGAUGGUGCGACUAGCUGCUCAAGGAGGCAAUCGCAACAUUGACGUCUCGGCGCUGCAAGUCUUUUCAUUCUUUGUGGAUCGUUGCAAGCAGAAGCUGCACAUGAUCCUAAGUUUUUCGCCCAUUGGAGACGCCCUCAGAACAAGAGUGCGCCUGUAUCCUUCACUGGUUAACUGUUGCACUAUCGAUUGGUACGACAGUUGGCCGGAAGAGGCUCUACAGAUGAUUGCCAAAAUGUCAUUGGUGGACGUUAAUGUUCCAAACGAGGACAUUAAGGUGGCUAUCAUGGACACCUGCCAGUAUUUCCACACGACGGCUGCGCGGUCCACACGCUCCUUCUGCCAAAUGACUGGACGCCACAUCUACCAGACAAACGCGUCCUUCAUCGAGCUCAUUCGGUCCUUCCAGACUCUAAUUUACCGCAAGCAAAGUGAAACAAUGUUAGCCAAGAUGCGCUACAUUGGUGGCCUAGACACACUGGCUCAGGCAGCGGCCGCCAUUUCGAUUAUGCAGCGGGAUCUGAAUGCCCUGCAGCCCAAGUUAGUCGCCCUGGCGGAAGCAUCCCGCAAGAUGAUGUUGGAGAUAAACAAGGAAACUUUAGCAGCAAGCGCCGCCGCCGAGCAAGUGAAGCGAGACGAGGAGGUGGCAUCCGUGCAGGCCGAGGCAGCUCAGGUCCUAAAGCAGGAUUGUGAACGGGAUUUGGCCAAGGCCAUUCCUGUUCUUGAGGAUGCCUUAGCUGCUUUGAAUACUCUAAAGCCGGCGGACAUUACACUGGUUAAGUCUAUGAAGAAUCCGCCUCCCGUUAUAAAGCUGGUGAUGGCCGCAGUGUGUGUGAUCAAAGGCAUUCCGCCGGAGCGCAUUCCGGAUCCAGCCUCUGGAAAAAUGGUUCAAGACUACUGGGGACCAAGUAAGCGGCUUCUAGGAGAGAUGAACUUCCUGCCGGCUCUUAAGGAGUUUGAUAAGGAUAAUAUUCCACCAGAUAUCAUUAAACGUAUCCGUAAAGAGUUUAUUCCCAACAAGGACUUUGAUCCUAAAGUGGUGGCCAAGGCCUCGAGUGCGGCCAAGGGUCUGUGCCAAUGGAUCAUAGCAAUGGACAUGUACGACGAGGUCGCUAAGGUGGUAGCGCCUAAAAAGGCCAAACUGGCCGGUGCGGAGAAGGAGUAUGCCGACACCAUGGAGUUCCUUGCCCAGAAACGAGCCUUGGCUCUGGCCUUGGAAGAAAAGGUGGCACAGCUGAAUAUCGAACUGGACAAAGCUAACGCGGAGAUGCAAAAGACGGAGGAUCAUGCCGAGAGCUGCCGUAACAAGCUGCUUCGGGCGGAGGCACUGAUCGGCGGACUGGGUGGUGAAAAAUCACGCUGGAACAAGGCGGCAGAGGAUCUACAGGAGUUGUACGACCAUCUUCCUGGCGAUGUGCUCAUCUCCUGCGGGAUCAUCGCGUAUCUUUCAGCCGUGAAUCUGCAGUACCGCUCGGAAUGCGUUAAGGAUUGGUUCAAAAAGGUCACGGACCUAAAAAUUCCUUGUUCAACCCAUUACUCUAUCACCGAUGUGCUGGGCCUGGAGGUCACUAUUCAGAAUUGGCAACUGGACGGACUACCCAAUGAUGAGUUUUCUAGCGAGAAUGCCAUUAUAUCGGCGAAUUCCAGCCGGUACAGCUUGUUCAUUGAUCCCCAGGCGCAGGCCAACAAUUGGCUAAAAAACAUGGAGCGGAAGAACCGCCUGAACUGCGUGAAGUUCAAUCAGAGCAACUACAUGAAGGUAAUAGCAGAGGCGCUCGAGUACGGAACACCGGUGAUAAUAGAGAACGUCCAGGAGGAGCUGGAAGUGCCUCUUGAUCCUAUCUUGAUGCGCCAGACCUUCGUGCAGGGCGGAAUAAAGUUCAUCAGCUUAGGCGAAUCAGUAGUGCCGGCUAAUCCAAACUUCCGCCUGUACAUGACGUGCAAUCUGCGUAAUCCGCAUUUUUUGCCGGAGACCUUUAACAAGGUGACCGUCAUCAACUUUGCCCUUACCCAGAAUGCCUUGAUGGAUCAGCUACUCAGCAUUGUAGUGGCUAAGGAACGGCCUGACCUGCAGGAACUGCGCAUCACGCUCACGACGGAGGCAGCGGCCAAUAAGGGAGCUCUCCGGGAUGCGGAGAACAUGAUCUUAAAGACGCUUAGCGCUGGUGGCGACAUCUUGGAAAAUGAGGCAGCGAUCCAGAUCUUGGCGGAUUCCAAAGGACUUUCCAAGGACAUCGUGGAAAAGCAGGAGGCGGCCAAGGAGACUGUGGCGAAGAUCGAGGCCUUCCGCCUUAACUACAAGCCCGUAGCAGUGCACUCUUCCAUAUUGUACUAUUCCAUCACCGAUCUGCCCAAUAUCGAUCCCAUGUACCAGUUCUCACUUAAUUGGUACAUCAAUCUGUACAUGUAUUCUAUUGAGACGGCCAACAAGUCCAAGGAUCUGCCCCGUCGAAUCAAGUUCCUGGUAGAUGGCUUCACAAAGAAUUUGUACAACAAUGUGUGCCGCUCCAUUUUCGAAAAGGACAAGCUGCUCUACUCCUUCAUUCUUACUGCCCGCAUCCUGCUGGGCACGGGUCAAGUGGAGAUGCGCCAUCUCGCGCACCUAGUCACAAAUGCCAAAGAGUCCACGAACAUACCUCCGAACCCGGAUCCCAGCUGGAUAACAGAGACUGUGUGGCUUAAUUUUCUUCGACUUGAGGAGCUUAAAGAGCUGCGGGGCAUAGUUGACCACUUCAAGAGUCAUUUAGAAGCCUGGCAGGCGAUCUACGACCACUUUUCGCCGGAAAAGCAACUUCUGCCGCCACCUUGGCACGAUAAAACCACCGCCUUCGAGAAGAUUAUUGUGUUGAAGGCCUUGCGUCCCGACUCCGUUUUUCUGGCAGUGCGCAUAUUCAUUGCCGAAUGCAUUGGUGACCAGUAUGUGACCCCACCGGAGUUUGACAUUUCCAAGUCGUAUGCGGACUCAACGGCCCUCACGCCUCUGGUAUUUAUCUUGUCGCCCGGAGCGGAUCCUCUUGGCUCGCUGCUGGCGUUCGCCGAGAAGAUGGGUCAAGAGGAGACCUUCCAGAGCAUUUCACUGGGUCAGGGCCAGGGUCCAAUCGCAACUGCGCUUAUCAAAAACGCCCAGGAGAUGGGCUACUGGGUGUGUCUGCAGAAUUGUCAUUUGGCAGCUUCCUGGAUGCCGUACCUAGAAUUCUUGUGGGAGAACAUGGAUACCUUCAACACCACACCCAAUUUCCGAAUCUGGCUAACUGCUUAUCCCACGCCCCAGUUCCCAGUCACCAUCCUCCAGAAUGGGGUCAAAAUGACCAAUGAACCACCUACCGGGCUUAAGGAGAACCUAAUGCGUUCUUAUAAUUCAGAGCCCAUAAACGACUACGAGUUCUACACGGGCUGUGCCAAACAGGACCGCGCCUUCACCCGACUGCUGUACGGAAUUUGCUUCUUUCACGCUGUUGUCCAGGAGCGCCGGAAGUACGGCCCAUUGGGAUGGAAUAUUCCCUACGGAUUCAACGAGUCCGAUUUGCAGAUUUCUGUUCUGCAACUUAGCAUGCUGUUGAACCAGUAUGAACAUGUUCCCUACGAUGCCAUUUCGUAUUUGACAAGUGAGUGUAAUUACGGCGGUAGGGUUACGGACAACUGGGAUCGACGGCUGAUCGUGACGAUUCUGGCGGACUUUUGCAAUGCCCAGGCUGUGACAGAUAACCGCUAUAGGUUUGCUAGCGACGAUCGUUACAUCCUACCUCGCAAAACAGAGCAUCGCGAGAUCUUGCGGUAUCUAGACGAAAACCUACCCUCGCUGGCUCCGCCCGAGGUCUACGGUCUGCAUGCCAACUCGGGCAUAACUCGUGACCUGCAGACGACCAAGACUUUGCUCGACUCAAUGAUCCAGUUACUGGGCAGCGAGGCUGCAGGAUCCACCGGUGGCGGAGCUAGCGUAGAGCAGGUAAUCUUGGAAACAAUCAAGCAGAUCGAACGCGAGAUGCCGCCUGACAUGGACAUCGAAGGAGCAGCAGAGAAGUACCCAGUGGACUACAACGAGUCCAUGAACACAGUGGUGGUGCAGGAGAUGGAGCGCUUUCUGAAAUUGCAGAAAGAGAUCCGUGGCUCGUGUCGAGACCUGGCCAUGGGAAUUAAGGGCAUUUUAGUUAUGACGCCUGACCUGGAGAACGUGAUGACAGCUAUGAAGUUUAACCGCAUUCCGACCAAGUGGAUGUCCAAGUCUUACCCGUGCCUAAAGCCACUCGGCUCCUACGUCCAGGAUCUGUACAAGCGUCUUAACUGGCUGCACGACUGGCAUCACCAUGGCAAACCGGCCACCUUUUGGCUUUCCGGGUUCUUUUUCACACAGGCCUUCCUAACGGGCGCCAUGCAAAAUUUCGCACGGAAAUACAAGAUCCCUAUUGACACCCUUACUUUUGACUACGACGUUCUAAAGGUCGAGACAAAGGCGUCGCCCCCCGACGACGGAGUGUACUGCAACGGUCUGUUCCUGGAGGGUGCCCGCUGGGAGUGGCGCGAGAACACUCUGGUAGAGCAAUUCCCCAAAGUGCUCAUCUAUGCCAUGCCCGUGAUCUACUUCCGGCCUAUAGGCAUCGUCGAUGUUGUCGAGGGUUCACGCUAUCGCUGUCCACUUUACAAGACUGGAGAGCGCAGGGGCACGCUGUCCACGACGGGCCACUCCACAAACUACGUGGUACCGCUACUGCUGAAUACCCAUGUCAAGGCCUCGCAUUGGGUCAAGCGGAGCGUUGCCCUCAUCUGUCAGACCAAUGACUAAUCCUUCCUGCGAUCCAUCCUAUUGUUAUAUAUACAUAUGUAUUUCAACCAUAUACCACUUUAUUUGUAAUUGCUUUACUUUAUUAACUUAUUGGUAAAUAUGUAACAAAAACGAAUCAAAAAGU